AAAGCGUGUGCAGGGGCCAAGGCCAGGGCGGCUGGGACGCAGCAGCCUGGCACCACCUCCCCGCCGCUUCCGAGCCACCCGGAGGCCAGCGCCCAGAGGAGCCGAGCAGGAGAGCGAGGCUGCGGCUGUGGGCUCUGUGCAGACUCGCUCAGGGCAGAGGGCGGAGGGAGGAGGCAGGGGGGAGGCGCUGGGAGCGGAGGCCCCACCUUUCAUUCCAGCAAAGUGCGCCCGCGGAGCAGGGAUGAGUCACAGGCGCGGGCGCUCGGGUUCCCACAGGUGAGGGGCUGCCGCGCUCCGGACAACGCAGGUGCCCGCUCGGGAGUGGCCUGGCAGGGGGCUGCAGCCCUCCGUCUGCCCGUCUGGCCUGGGGGCCAGGGCUGGCCUUCCUCAUGUAUGGCCGGAGCCUCCCGCGCGCGGCGCUGCUCCUGCUGGGCAUACAGCUCACAGCUCUCGGGCCCGGAGCCGCCGUGGAAAUUUACACGUCCCGGGUGCUGGAGGCUGUGAACGGCACGGACGUCCGGCUGAAGUGCACUUUCUCCAGCUUCGCCCCCGUGGGCGACGCUCUGACCGUGACCUGGAAUUUCCGCCCCCAGGAUGGGGGCUCUGAGCAGUUCGUUUUCUACUACCACAUGGACCCCUUCAAACCCAUGAGCGGACGGUUCAAGGACCGGGUGGUCUGGAACGGGAACCCCGAGCGGUAUGACGCCUCCAUCAUGCUCUGGAAGCUGCGGUUCGACGACAACGGGACGUACACCUGCCAGGUGAAGAACCCGCCCGACGUGGACGGGCUCGUCGGGGAGAUCCGGCUCAGCGUCGUGCAGACCGGGUGUGAGUUCCUUGACGGUGAUGUCAGUUUCUGGCUGGUGUUUCCAUCAGUGCCUGGAACAUGUGCGCUUCUCCGAGAUCUACUUCCUGGCCCUGGCCAUUGGCUCCGCCUGCGCCCUGAUGGUCAUCAUAGUGAUCGGGGUGGUCCUCUUCCAGCAUUUCCGCAAACGGCGGUGGGCCUCGAGGGCCCACAAGGUGGUGGAGAUCACACCAAAAGAAGAAGAAAGACUCAACCAAGAGAAGAAGGUCGCGGUUUACCUGGAAGACACAGACUAACGUUCCUCAACGGAGGCGGAGGAGGCCAAGACCCCAGGAGGAGCCAAAGUGGAGGGAAGCUUGUCGCUGGCCCUUUCGUGGUGACCUGUUUCCGACCAGCUCUUGCCCGUGACCACCCAGACAAGCACCCGAGCCUUCCCGGGGAGACACGGCCAAAGCACCCCUCGCUGAGGACCUCUUCUCUGUUAGUUACAGCGCAAGCAACUUCAAGUGAGCGUUUGUGCCCCGGGGAGCGGCGCUCCGGCCCAGCAGCCCUCGGUGAUGACUCUCUGCGCUCCUGGCAGCGCCUGGGAGGAAGGCCCCUGCCCACCACGCAUUUCCUGUACCUUCGCUCCGCGGGGCGCAGCGCUCCUGCUGCUGGAGUCCAUGGGUUCGCUGUCCUCCCUCGCAGCGAAGCAGGAGAACCUCCCAGCCGUUUCUAGGAACACAAAACCCCAUCGCUAAGCGGCGCUCCUUUAAUCUGGGACACGUCUGACCGCACGACCUUCCUUUCAAUAUCCCUAGAUGGUAGUUUGCCCUAUUUUUGUCAAUUGAUCAAAAGUUUACCAGAGAGCACCGUCUAAAUCACGGAGCGCCAAGGGAAGGUUACCGUAGUGCUAACAGGUGACACGUGCCACUCUCUGGGCGAACUGCUCGCCGCCACCGGCGCCUUUUUUCUGUUGUGAAAAGCCACGGACAGCGCAGGUCUUUCAGAGCAGUGCCCGCUGUCCCCGCCCCUCCCCACCUCUAUGACCUGUAACAACAGAGCGAACUAUGCUCAUUCCUUUGUAGCCGGGACCAUCAAGCAGUUAAAUAGAAGAAUUCUGAAACGGUAUUUUGUGACUUUAGAAAUUUAGGGCAGGUGAAAAAAAUCAACCCUAAAUGAUGGUCAUUUUGUUCAGUGGUACACAAAGCUCUGAGAACUGGAAGAGGUUACUUACUUUUUUCUUUCUUUUUUAAAAAUGCACUUGUUCUGGGGGAGAAUUUGGGGUGGGGCAAAGAAAUGCCAACACUAACAGAAUGAAAUCAACUUUAUUCUUUUUUUCUCUUAUACUAAUAGAUAAAAGAAACGUUAUAAGUGAGCUAUGAAAAAAAGAGAGCUUUUUAAAAAGUGUCUAGUUUCCUGGCUUAUUUCCAAACUUAAGCUAUAGCAGCAUUUAGUCAGAAGGCAGGAAACAUCUAAAAGUUUAGACUUCCCCCAAAUCUUUACAACAUAUGUUCAGUUUUCACUGACUGGGCUAAAGACGUUAUUUCUUUUAAUAAACUGGAAUUUUCAAAUAGA